AUGAGUGCAUCUGUGCACAAGCUGCUAAUACAUGGUGCAAACAUAAUAAAGGAAUUGUCUUUGCCUGUGGGGCUUUUUUCAGAAGAUGUCUUGGAAUCUAGUCAGAAAGAAUAUAAAGGUUUAAGACUUUUCCAUGCAAGGAAAACUUCAAGAAUACAUACCAAUACUGAUAUUGUCCACUGGAUGCUGAUAGCUUCAGAUCCUAACAUUGCGUCCAAGAGGAGGAGGCGGCACAUUAAAAAAAGAAAACCCUUUCCUAAGGAGGUACUGUUAAUGUUAGAAGAACCUGUUGUGAAAAUGCUUGAAGAUAAUGGUGACGAAGAAACAAUGGAUGAUGAUGAUGAUGAUGAUGAUGGUGAUGAUGGUGACAACGAUGACGACGGCGGAACAAUGGAUGAUUAUGAUGAGAGAUACUAA